GUUUAGUGGGUCAGAGAAAGAACGCGUCAACCGGCUGAACCGGUUACCGAAGACGGUGUCGUUGAAAAACACGACCUCUCUUCCUAGUCCUUCCCACGUUCAACAACGUUACAGUUUGUUCUUUCUCUCUCCGAUCCUCCUUCCUUCGCCGCCGGAAGUUCUGACUUAUAUCUGAAGGCAUUGUGAGAAAAUGCUCCCUCCGCGGCAGCAAUCACGGGUUGGAGGACUACCGACGUCUCUGUCUCUGGUUUCUUCAGAUCCUCCUCGCCUUUCCCCGGAGGAACCUAGGUCAAACUUUGACGCCCUCCGUGAAUCUCCUACUGAAAGUGCCAAUUCUCGAGAAACCUUCCCGACUGCAGAUGCAAUUGCUGCAAAGAAGAUGGAGAAUGGAAAAGCUGAGAUCAAUUUCCCUGAUCAGUCGAUUAUUCGUCGUGUUUCCAGCGCAGACAAGAUUAGUCUUCAGGACAUUGCAAGAGAAAGAGUUGAUGUGAUCUGUGAAAAAAUGCAUCGUCUACCUGAAGAGUUUCUGGAAGAGCUGAAGAGUGGACUUCGAGUGAUCCUUGAGGGAGGGAAUGGAUCGCAGCAUAGAGAGGAGUUUUUCGUUUUGCAGAAGCUUGUUCAGAGUAGAGCUGAUUUAACAGCCAAGACUUUGAUAAGAGCGCAUCGUGUGCAGCUUGAAAUCCUUGUUGCCAUAAACACUGGAAUUCAGGGAUUCUUACAUCCUAGCAUCAGUUUAUCUCAGACUUCAUUGAUUGAAAUAUUUGUGUAUAAGAGAUGCAGAAACAUAGCUUGCCAAAACCAGCUUCCGGCUGAUGAUUGUACCUGUGAAACAUGCACCAACAACAAUGGCUUCUGCAACCUCUGCAUGUGUGUUAUCUGCAGCAAGUUUGACUUUGAAGUAAAUACCUGCCGCUGGAUUGGAUGUGACUUGUGUUCUCAUUGGACUCACACAGAUUGUGCCAUUCGUGAGCAACUUAUUUGCAUGGGCCCUACUGUAAAGAGUGGAGCAGGGCCAAGUGAAAUGGUUUUCAGGUGUCAAGCAUGCAAUAGGACUUCAGAACUGUUGGGUUGGGUUAAAGAUGUCUUCCAGCACUGUGCUCCAUCAUGGGAUGGGGAGGCCUUAAUGAGGGAACUUGAUUUUGUAAGUAGGAUCUUUCAUGGUAGUAAAGACCCUCGAGGGAGGAAACUCUUUUGGAACUGUGAUGAUCUCAAGGAAAAACUGAAGAGUGGAAAAUUGGAAUCUAAGGCAGCGUGUAGGGCAAUAUUGGUGGUCUUCCAAGAGCUUGAGGUGGACUCUCCUAAGACCCUGGAAAAUGCAGAAGGUGGAAGGCUGAUUGCUCCACAGGAGUCAUGCAAUAGAAUUGCUGAAGUGGUCCAGGAGGCUAUAAGAAAGAUGGAAAUGGUAGCUGAUGAGAAGAUGAGAAUGUUCAAGAAGGCUCGGUUGGCUCUUGAGGCUUGUGAUCGUGAAUUAGCCGACAAGGCCAGAGAAGCCGGAGAACUCAAGACGGAGAGGCAAAAAAAGAAGUUACAGAUUGAAGAACUGGAGAGAAUUGUGAGGCUGAAAAAUGCCGAGGCUGAUAUGUUCCAAUUGAAAGCUAAUGAGGCUAAACGAGAGGCGGAGAGGCUCCAGAGGAUUGCUCUUGCCAAGUCUGAUAAAUCAGAGGAAGAAUAUACAAGCAACUAUUUGAAACAGAAAUUAAGCGAGGCUGAGGCUGAGAAGCAAUAUCUGUAUGAGAAGAUCAAAUUGCAGGAGAGUUCUCGCUUAUCACAGAGCAGUAGUGGUGGUGACCCCUCUUCAAUGUUUAUGUAUUCCAAAAUCCAUGAUCUUCUCUAUAGUGGUCCUCCCAAGGCAGACAGUCAAUCUACUGACGGCCACCCUUUCCGCACAAACCAAUGAGUUUUCAGUCUAUGUUGUAACCUUUUACAUAUAUUUAUAACAAUGUCAUUCUGUUGCACAAUUGACAAAGAUUAAGACUAAUACCAUUAGAUUUAAAUUUUAGACAGUAUAAGCCGCCUUUGUAGAGGGAAGGGCUUAAAACCAGUUUGAAACUAGCCUUGUUCUAUUCAGUAUAUGUAUUAAUGUGGUUCUGUAACGAUUAAUGAUUGCUGCUUAAUUUGUCCAAUCCAAUUAGUUGUUCAAUA